CUUUUAGUGCUGCUCAAAACAAAAAGUUUUAUUCGAUUUUUUCUCACAGUUGCAUUUUAAGUUUAAGUAAGUAAAGUACUCGCAUUGGAACAAUAAGUCAUUUAGCUAGUUAUUUUAAUAUAAAGUAAAUCUUCAGAAGUUGUGGAUUAAAGAAGAAAUCGAAAAGAAUAAAUUGCGCUUCUAAAGACGUAAAAUAACCAAAACAACAAUGUGGGCUGUACGCAGCGAAGAAAGUGGACGAAAAUGCACAAACAUAUCUUCGCUAUAUUUUUGCAUUGGAUUCGUUGUUGUAAUGUUUGUAUUCGUGUUCUAUAGCAUUGGAAAUGCGAAUCUGAGCCGUUUAACUAAGGGAUAUGAUGAUUGUGGUAACGUUUGUGGACUGAUGAAUGAUGGAAAUCCAUUUGAUAACUGCGGUACCCAUGAUAAGCGAAUGCUGCCUAAUUUGCAAGUUGACGUAACAAAAAAAGGAAAUGAUACAAUCAGUCAUUACAAAUGCGUUGAAAAGUGUCAGAAAGGCUUCGUAUUGGUCUUUAAUCGAUGCUGGAAAUCAGAAUCGAACAGCACCGACGAUAUUAACUCACAAGACUUUUCGACUGUUUUCCAAGAAAUUUCUCAAGACUUAAUUUUAACUUGGCCAUCAAUUGGUCUUGUCUGUGUCGUCGCAUUCAUCUUUUCAUACAUUCUAUUAAUCCUCUUCCGUUAUGCCAUCAAAUACAUAAUUUGGAUCAUUUAUAUUGGAUUUGUUGUGCUUCUUGCAGCUGCGUCUAUUGGCUGUUGGAUUGGAUACUUUGCAGGCAAAUCAGGAGAGAAAGAAGCAUUAUUAAUUCCAGCAAUUGUGUUCUCAAUUAUGACUGUAAUUACAGUUAUUGUGCUCAUAUGGUUCAGAAAAAGGAUUCGUCUUGUUGCUCAACUCUUUAAGGAAGCCUCAAAAGCAUUAAUUGAUAUCCCAACAAUUUUAUUUGAACCUGUUUUGACAUUCUUGGCUCUCAUGCUUGCUUUUGCACCUUUUAUGUAUUUCGCAAUCAUUGUUGAAACAUCCGGAAAGCUCGAAAAAGGCACUGCACUCGAUGGCAAGUUCCAGGCAACAUAUCAACAUAAUUUUGGUGUUUAUGCUGCUCGAUAUCUGAACAUCUUUGCAUUUAUUUGGUUCACACAGUUCAUCUUCGGAUGUCAACAUUUUAUAAUCGCUGGCACAAUCAGCAAGUGGUAUUUUGCACGUGACAAGACUAAACUAGACUCACCAAUCAUGAAGUCCUUCCAUCAUUUAGUGUUCUUCCAUCUAGGAAGUGUCUGUUUGGGAUCCAUGAUUAUUACAAUCGUUAAAAUCAUUAAAAUGAUCAUGAGUGCUAUUAAGCAACAAGCCAGAGAAUCCAAUAAUCCAGCUGCACAAUGCAUUGCAUGCUGCUGUGAAUGGUUAAUUGAACAACUUGAACAACUCUUGCAAUAUCUUAUCAGAAAUGCUUACAUCAUCGUCGCAAAGGACGGCACACCCUUCUUUGAGUCUGGAAAGAAGGCAUUCGAAUUGCUGUUUAGAAAUCUUAUGGAUGUUGUUGCAUUGAAUAACUUCGGAGAUAUUGUUCUUAUCAUUGGACGACUUUUCAUUGUCGGUAUUGCAGGCUUUAUUGGAUAUGAGUUGAUGAACCGACCAGAAGUAAAUGUUGUAGCCAUCCCAAUGGUAAUUGCAGUUGUAUUUGCCUUCCUAAUCGCCCACUGCUUCAUCAGUGUCUUCGAAAUGACUGUCGAUACAAUCUUCAUCUGUUUCUGUGAGGAUUGUGAGGAAAAUGACGGAGCUUCAAAGCCUUACUACAUGUCUGAAAGUCUUAUGAGGGUUAUGGCUGAAAUGAAGGAAUCAGCUGGAGGACAGUUCAAUUUUGGUCCAAUUGCUGGAGGAAAUAUGCAUGCUUAAAGUACAUUAAAUAAUUAAUUGCUAAUUUUACAGAGAAUGUGUGGCUUGAUGCACAAAACUUCUAGUUGAAGUUAAUUUAGUAUUACGAAUCUCAAUAUGAAUAUCUACAGCUCAUAAUACAUAUAAAGUUGUUAUGAAUCUCGUUAAUAAUGCCUUAAUAAUCGGAAACUCAUAGAUCACUCAAAUUAAUGUUGUAUACGCUUUUUGCAAGGUUUUGUCUUACUUUUUGUUUAUCUAUAGAUACAAUAAUAUACAAUAAUAAUAAA